ACAACCGGUUCCUGACACACACGGAAUCACGGAUAGAAAUCACACCCCUCUUGAUACGAUUUCAGAAGAUUCACGGUUACCAGACUCCGUGGUGACAUGAAGUCUAUUGUUACUUGUCUGUUGUUUCUUGCUCUGCUUUGUGUGCUGAGAGAUGUCUACAGUGCCGCUGUUGGGAAAGGGGAGAAGCAACUUCUAAACCAGUUAGGCGAUAAAUUGAAGUUCAACGAAAAUGAGGAGAAAGCUGUCGAGGAACUGAUCGCUGACGAGAAGGGACAGACGGACUACGAAAAAAACAAUGAUCUGUUCCGGGUGCAAGUUGAUCAAAUUGUGGAGAAAUUAAAAGUUCUUGACGACGACGAGAUACAGAGAGUGAGACACCUUUUCACCAAGAAGUUAGGAAAUGUAGCAACAGACAAGAUCUUCCUGGAGGCACAUCGAAUCUAUCAAGACCAACAGCAAGAAAUCAGGGAGUUAGAAGAAGACCUGUGGUUGGACAAGGAUGAAGAUGAAGCGUUUGCUAAGCUCGUGGAAGACAUGGAGACGGGAAAGGACCCCUACAAAGAAUCCAACAAAACUCUAUAUGGAAUAGGGCAGUUUGCUUCUUCUGUGACUCACCUGCCCAAAGAUGAGCAGGAACUGGUUCGCGACCUUAUCAUGAACAGGUAUGGAGAAGAAAAGGGCAAACGGCUGCUGGACAAGAUGCACGAAAUUAGCAACCAUGUCGACGACUUGUUGGAAACCGAUUGGGCAUAUACGGACGAAGUGCUGGACACAGAGGAAGAGGAUGUUGGGGAAGGCAGACAAUUCUGGAAGAAUCUUGGAGUUAAAGUUCCAGACGCGUUAUUAGUAGAGGACCCGUGGGCUACUGGUGACCCGGCUCUGGAGGAAGCCUGGAAGGAGGAGGAGGAAGAAGAAGAGAAAGAUGCCGAACAGACAAGCCGUUUCUGGAAGAAUUUAGGCGUAGGGGCACCUGGUACUAGAAAUGAAAAAUAGGCAAGUUCGUCCAAAAUCUAAUGCAGUUUUCAGGCGGCAGCGCUAUCGACAUGUUUUUUGUGUAAUCAUGUGGAUCAUAAUUUAAUGUGGAUCAUAAUUUAAUUCAAAAACGCUUGGAAGUACUAGUAUUCACACAAUGUCAUAUGGAAGUAUCAACAAAUGUAAACAAAGCAGUGUUAUUGCGAUGAAGUCAAGUAUGAAACUCUUACUAAGGCAGAUAUUUGUCGUGUACAUGUAUAUCAGAUUUAUACACCAUACACUUAUAGGCCACAUCUUAUAUACUAUACGCCAUAUAUACGCCUAUUGGCAGUGCCGUACGUAUCAUGAUGCUUACCUAUUAUCGCCAAUAAAGUACUUUGAAGUCUU